UUUCAGAUGAAUGAGGUGGAGCGGAUGAAUACAGUAUUGGUGUUAUUGUCGGUAUUAUUACCUGUUGCUAUUAAUGGUUUAUCUGUAUCACGUCAUCCACAGCAAGUGAGGCAGGUAACAAUACAAGUCAACGGCUACGAACCAGUAAUUGAUGAUGACUAUAUAGCUGUAUCUAUGGCUAUAGAACCCGGAUAUAUUGUUCGUUUUGAACCUUUCGCAGAUGCUGACCGCGUUCAUCAUAUACUGCUAUAUGGCUGUACUUAUCCGGCUUGGCCAAAGCCUUUUUGGAAGGGAUUUAGUAUUUGCCGAGGCUACGACUCACAUAUUUUAUAUGCGUGGGCAAGGAAUGCACCCGAUUUUAAUUUACCGCAAGAUGUUGCAUUCAGCGUUGGACAUAAUUUCGAUUCUGUAAAAUAUUUGAUAAUGCAAGUGCAUUAUGCGCAUCCAUUCGUAGGCAAAAUAGCGGACUAUUCCGGUAUCACUUUGCAUAUGAUUGAUGAAAGGCCUCAUCAUUUAGCUGCUGUAUUACUUUUUGCUUCUGGAACUUCAAUUGAGCCUGGAUUUUCUCAUUUCCAAACGAAUAUAAGCUGUUUGUACAGCAGUGAUACACCAAUUCAUCCAUUUGCAUUCCGUACGCAUACGCAUAGCAUGGGACGAGUUGUUUCAGCGUUUUAUAAACAUUCUGGCAAAUGGACAAUGAUCGGUAAACGGAAUCCGCAAUGGCCUCAGUUAUUUCAACCGAUUGAAGAAAACUUGACUAUUUUAAACAAUGAUUUAAUGGCUGCUACUUGUGUUUAUGAUUCAUCAAUGAAGAAAUCUGUUGUAAAAAUGGGGAGUACAGGUCAAGACGAAAUGUGCUCAUUUUGUGUUGCGCAAGAAAGACAGAAGCUUGUGAGUGAAGAAUAUCCAAUUGAAGGUACAAUCCCUCUUCAGCCACAUUCAGAUUGGGAGCAUAAAGCACAUCAAGCCAAAUUGUUUGGAAUCACUGAUGGAGCAGUAGCAACAUCUGUUGAUGGCAUCAAACUUGGACAAGUUUCUGCACUUAGUUUUGAUUCAUCUGGAAAUUUGGUUAUACUGCAUCGUGGUAGCCGCUUCUGGAACUCGAUGUCAUUUGAUAUGAGAAACAAUUUGCGAGACAAUACACCUAUUAUGGAAGAUGUGAUUUUAGUUACAUCAUUUUCAAAUAAGCCGAAUGGAACGUUGUCAUUACGUGUCAAAUAUGGCCGUGGAAAAUUCUACAUGCCACAUGGUUUGGCAAUUGAUCAGCAAAAUGAAUAUUACACAACUGACGUUGGCUCUCAUCAAGUCAUCAAAUGGUCGCUUUCACAUGGUUCGCUAUCGCAGGUUUUUGCACUGGGUGAAAAAUUUGUUCCUGGCGACGACCAGAAGCAUUUUUGUAAACCAGCUGGCAUUGCGGUCACUGUGGAUGGAAGUAUCUUUGUCGCUGACGGCUACUGCAAUAAUCGAAUCAUGAAAUUCGAUCGAAAUGGGCAAUUCCUAACUCAGUGGGGACAAUCAAGUUAUAACAAUAUGAAUGGUAUGGGAAGCCUACCUUUGGGCACUCUUUCCCUGCCACAUGAUAUUGUUGCAAAUAAUGAUGGUUCAUUGUUGUAUGUUAGUGAUCGUGAAAAUGCUCGAAUACAAAUAUUUCGGAGUGAUGGGCACGCAGUGGGCCAGAUUGUCAAUCCAGGAAACACUACUGCAUUUGAGAAUAUUUAUUCAGCGGAUAUUCAUAGUAAUGUACUAUACUUCAUUCCUGGUAAACAGCAAAGCGGUCUACCCAUACGUGUAUUCAGUGCACGUGCGGAAGCUGCGCGAGUACAGUAUUCAUUUGAACCAAGAAAUUACCCAUUUAAAAGACCACACACAAUUCGGGUUUCCAAGGAUGGACGAUACAUCUACGUUGGGGAACUGGGUCAAGAUGGUGGUCGAGUUUUACAGUUUGCAAUAAAUCCCAACUGGGAUCAAACUGGAAAUGGCAUCUUAUUGCCGGAUUUUGCAAUAAAUUCAACUUCACAGUUCUCGGUCCCUAUCAUACUUUUGGUUGUAAUUAUUGCUCUACCAGUAUUGAUCUUGUUUGCCUACAAACGAAAGAAAUUUGUGCGCACUGGAAGGCAGUAUUCUGUUUUAGAUCGCGCGGGCUUCAAGCCUUUGCGGACAGAUGAUUCGGAGACAUCGAGUGACGAUUCAGAGGAUGAUAUUUGUUCUCAACAAAAAAACAAAAAUAGGUUUUAACUGUUAGUUUUAGCCAAAGUGAAGAUCGCCUACAAUUGUUUCGUGUUCUUCUUCUAGGAAUUCAACGAGAAACAAACA